AUGGUCAAGGACAAAUCUGAAAAGAAGGAGAAGCACAGGAAGGAGACAACAGAGACUCUCGAAACUGAGGAUGUGGUCAUGGAGGAUGCUGAAGUCGUGACGGUGGAGAAGAAAGCGAAGAAGGAAAAGGCGGAGAUUGUUAUUCCCAUAGAAGACCUCUCGCCAAUAGCACAUCCUCUGGCGCAGAAGAAACUACUGAAGAAGAUACACAAAACUAUCAAGAAGGCGUCAAAACAACGGCAGGUGAAGCGAGGGGUCAAAGAAGUGGUGAAAGGCAUCCGGAAGGGGGAGAAGGGCCUGCUCGUUCUUGCUGCCGAUAUAACACCUAUUGAUAUCAUUUCACACCUUCCUGUCAUGAGCGAGGACGCGGGCGUCCCGUACGUGUUUGUAGCUUCAAAAGAAGAGCUCGGACACGCCAGUGCGACAAAACGACCAACAAGUUGCGUGAUGGUAUGUCCGGACCAGAAGAAGAAAGCGAAGCGGAAGGAGGGGGAGGAGGACAAGGAUGACGACUACCGAGAGCUGUACGAGGAGUGUUGUAGGGAGGUCGAGAAACUCGAUCAAAAGGUGGUCUUCUGA